CUCCCUUCAAAGCCAGCCGAGCGCUGGAGAGGAGGGGAAGGGAAGGGAAGGGGAGGGGGGCGAGGCAUCUCUCUCUCUCUCUCUCCACCCGGCCUGCUCCCUCCGCACCGCUCCCUCCUUGCGGGGCUCCGUCCCGAGCGCAGAGCGCACCGAGGCCACCAUGGGGGCGGAUGAGCCCCAGGUGAUGGGCCCAGUUCGAGAGAACUUCCAGGGGUACCAAGGUGAAUGAAGCCAGUGCAACAUGUUCAGCGUAGAAGAUCUCCUGAUUUCUCAUGGAUACAAAUUGUCUAAAACCCCCACCAAUUCAUAUGAGAACAGAACUGAUGGAUUCCAGCAAGAGAUCACAGAUAGGAGAGUUGGUCAUAGAACUGUGAAUGGGUUCCCAACAAACUCUGGAGCCAGUCUUGGCAGCAAGAAGACAGUAGCUAAAAGCUACCUGAAUGACAAUGAAGCUAGGCAUGUCAUCCAAGGGAAGCAACUGGGUCCCAGUUACCAUAAAGACUUCUCGAGUUUGGCUAAUACUCAUGCUUCAGAAGGACGGUUUUAUGACCGACCGCAGUUAGCCUGGCCUUCACGUCCCAAGACGGAUAAAGAUAUUGCCUACUGGAGAAGAAGGGGCCAAGAUUUUAGCGUACUGUUGGGUUAUACUGACAGAGGAGACUCUGAAAUGAAAGGCAUGGCAGUGCCCUGUGCCUUGUAUGGGCUUGAUAAGGAAAGUCAGUGGAAGGUAGGAGGUGGAAUGGAGAAUGUGAGGAGAACUGGCAUGCAGGAGACCUGGAAUGCCCCUGGGGACUAUAGGUGGCAAAGUCUAAGGACAGAAGGUUGGAACCAACCAACCAACUUUGGAGGACUCUUGACAGAUGGUGACAGAGAAAGGCUGCUUCAAGAGAUGUAUUCGGUGAGAGCAGGAGGUACUGCCAUUGCCUCCCAUGCGAAGGGGAAAUCGCAAUCUUUGCCAAGAGUUCUUUCACCAGAGAGCCUGCGGUGUGUUGAAAUGCCUUCCUUGGUCAACAGCAAGCAUUCGCUCCGUGGAACUAAAGCGACAUCUUGCCCCCCAACUGGGUUUGGCUUGGAGACCUCCAAGCAUCCUGAGCCAGUGGCCCACUUCCAUCCCUUGCCCAAGCCUAAGUACGGCAGACCCCUGAAGCCCCCGUCAUACGAGCUGCAUCAGCAAACCAGGGGAAACCUAGAAGCCGGCUCACUCCAGGAUGACCAACGGAAAGAUGAAGCCAUCUCCUCUUUGACCAAAGCAAACGAUCAGAUCCCGGAUGCUUGCAGCCAAGACGCUGGUCUGGAGCCCCCUUUGUACAUACCCCCUCCCUGUUACAAAUCUCCAGCUCAGCAAAGUAUGAGCCGGCAUUUGCCUGGUGAAGUGCCUGACUAUGAUAUGUGCUUUAAUAAUGGUAUGCAGAGUCCAGUGGAGAGAACGAGAGCCAUGCUUGGUUACCAUCCCUCUGCUAGUACCUACUGCAAAGGUGAGCAGGUUCCUCGUGACAAGAAAAGCCACCUGAGGCAUGGGGAGGGCUACCUGUCUUCCAUCCAGUACAUUCCUUUUGAUGACCCUCGAAUCCGGCAUAUUAAAGUAGCGCACCAAGACAAUCUCCAGCAGGAUGAGAAAUACCCUGUGGAUACAAAUAGGACAGGCUCCCAUGCCUUCCAAGGGAGCUCUCUGGAACGAGAGUACCACAGUGCCUUUUUCGACUCGCUAAAUACUGCUGUGAAAUGUGACCAGGUCCCUGGCAGUUCUGCACAUGGCAGCAGGUGGCUAGCUGAGUCCAGCGUCGAUCAAGACAGUAGUGCCUUGCCUAUCCAAAGAGACGGUUAUGACGCAGGUAAUGGCUUGGAUCACAGAUACCCGAAAGGCAGGCUGUCUGUCCAAAGCUCACAGAUGGAAACCCCCUGCGAGACCAUCACUAAAGUGAAAACAUUUGAACCUGGGACUGAGAUCCAGAGCAAGAGGAGUUCAAAGAAAAAAACCAAUGAGACAAUAUUUUGCUUGGUCUCCGUCCCAGUUAAAUCUGAACUGAACCUGCCUGAUACUGAUAGGAACAACAACUUAACCCAGGGAGCCGAGGAGAAGAAUGGGUUUGACGAUAGCGGGGGUCUGCAGGAACAAAGUCUCCUCAGUACCUCUUCCACUGACUUGGAGCUCCAAGCCCUUACAGGAAGCAUGACCAAUAAGAAUGAGCUACAAAAACAGGAGUUGUGGUGGAGACCAGAGUUCAAACAAACGAAUGACCUCAGAUUCCUGCAGCCUGCAAAGCACAAGGAGCUCCAGUACUCUGGCUCAUGGCCAGGCGAUCAGUACAAAGACCAGCAAACGCAGACCAGCUUCACAGAGGAACCCAAAAUCUUGUGUCAUCGUCUCCAACCCUUAGAACCCAGCGGCUCAAAUACAGCGACAGCUCCACAGUUGUCACAAUGCGGGGCAUCCACUGCGGAAGCGGAACAUCUAUCUGUGUUACCAGCCGAUGACAGAAAAUGUAGGCAGGUUGGACUCAGUGCAAAAGCUCCGGGGUAUCUUGACAAAGCUAGCAAUAAUUUGUGUUCUCGGACUGUAGUCCUUAGCCCGAAGGCAUGCCAGAACCUGCCUUGUGCUUCGUGCACCCCUCCCCCUGGGCAGGAAAGAGAAACUAGUUAUCUCAUCGGGGAGGAAGGAAGCUCCGCUUGUAGUAGUACGGAGCUGUUUGGGCAAUUCCUCUUGAAACCUGUUAGCCGCCGUCCUUGGGAUAUAAUAAGUGAGCUGGAAAGUUUUAACAAGGAGCUUCAAGAGCAGGAAGAGCAGAGUGAAGAUGGGGUAGAGAAUGAGAGUAUAGAGAAUGAGGACAACCAGGAGUUGUCCUUUUCUAAGGAGAAAGGGGAGAGGACAGAUAGCAGUGGGAUCUCUAGGACUGAUGGGCCAACCCAGGACCAUAGACCUGGCAUGCAGUCAGAAAUGGUUAUAUCAGUCACUCCUAUAUUUAAACAGGAGAGGGAUAAAGCCAAAGCUGAAAGUUUAAGUGCAUCUGAAAGUUCAAGUGCAAGGGUCGUAUCUUGUGCUAGGUCCCAAAGCUGCUUGCAGGCAAAAGAGGUGGGUGGUUCAGUUAAGGCCACAAAUGAAUAUGUGGUUGCAGAAUCAAGGAAUCAGGAAGCUGGGAAAAGGACAAUAAAACAGGUUGUGAGUCCACACCCAAUCAAAAAAGUUCUGCCAGGCAGCUAUGAUGAUGAGGACCACUACAAUCCAUUCAAAAGCAUUAACUUCAGUGAGGAAAUACAAGUUAAGAAUCACAGAGAUAACAUCAACUUUGGUAGGCUGACAAAAAAUGCAGUGCCAUGGGAUAACUUGGCUUUGGACAGAGGGUCUGUAGGGCGAUUGUCUUUAACAAAUAGGAACCAAGGUCUCUCUGAGCCAGAUCUGAGAUCUGUGGGGUUUGAUGACGGUCAAGGGCCUGAACUAGAUAGUCAUGGGAAACCUAUCACCAGUGAGAUCCCCCCAGAUGAAUCGCUUCAGGCAAGAGCAGCUCGAAUAUUGGGUAUAGAGGUAGCUGUGGAGUCCCUCAUUCCUGACAAGAGCACUCUUCAAGAUGAAGACUCUCACUCUGACAAUGUCCCCCAGAGCCUUGAAUUGCCAGAAGAAAGUGUGUCAGAGGGCAAGGUGGAAGCAAAAGUAUCUUCUUACGAAGGAAGACGAAAGUGUGGCUGGACAGAAAGCUCCCUCUUUGUUGGAGACAGAAACAUCUCAUUGGGGUGUAUUGAAGACCAGCGUUCUGGUCAAGCAAUUUUGAUAGCUGAACAAUGUUUUGAGCACCAUAGAGGUCUUAGUAGACCCAAAGCUGACCAGACUCCCUCUCCCGAGUCUGUUGUGCUUCCAUUUGCUGAAAGAAAUAUGGUUCCACCUGGUGUGGAAAAGAGAGCUAGAUGCACUUCAAAGGUGAUUGAGACCUUGCAAGGCAAACUUGCAUCAGCCCCCAGCCGAGCUGCCAUGGACCGUUUGGUGAGGAUGAAAGAAGUUGACUCGGUCUCUCGUAUGAGACGUCUAAGCAUAAAAAAUGCAGAUUCGGCGGAGGAUGGAGAUGAGGAUAAGCAGCUAAAAGGCCCGGAGGAAAGAGGAAGUGACAUUUCCUUUGGCCGCAAUGAAUUGCCCCGCAAACUGUCCCACGGGAGUUCCGUUUCCAAGCGCAUCAUCUCAUUGGCUGAAAAUGGGCUCUGGGACAACACGAGUGAGAAGAAAGCUGGAAGGGAUUUAGUUUCUUUAGAUGCCUACGAUCCCACCAGAGUUGAAAGGGUGUGAUGUGAAAAAGACACGAGUCUCGGGAGAUGUCUGCCUUCCGCAAACGUUUUGCUGGUUUCCAACACAGGGAAAUAGCUUUAAGCUUCCUACAAGCAGUGACUUCAGAGUGUACUGACAAAGCCCUCAUCUCUGCCAGUGGGGGAAAUAAGUAGUUCAUAUUCCACAGCUUUACGGAGCUUGCAUGAAAGUGAGUGAGAGAGAGUGCACAAAAAAUCUCUCACUUUGGAACCAUCUGUUUUUUGUAGCAUUAGGCCUUAAUGCCUCUACUUGGCAUGGGUUGGUCAUUUUUUAAACUCUGCUGAGCCGUGUUCAGGCAGGAUGGUAAACAGGAUGAAGAUGGGAGGGGUGUGAGGGGAAGCUGGCUUUUGCUCUGUGUAAAAUGUAAACAGGGGAGAUUAGCAAAAUGAUUUUUGAAAGAAUGUGAAUUUUCUGAGCUUAAACCUCCGAACCUCUGCACCCUCAGCUUUGUUUAACUUCGGUCUUCGUAAAGCAGGCAGCGAGCGAGAGACGCUGCAUUUCCAGCUCGGGGGGGGGGGGGGUGAGUGCCGAAGAGGAUGAAGACUGAUUGACUGGCUGUGAAAUCAGCUUGGACUUCUACCAUUUGAAAGGGGCUUUGCUUUUUAAGUUUCUUACCUGGCAUCUGCAAACAAACAAAAAAUGCUCAUUCCCCUCUCUCACACAAAUCUAAAACAAAACAUUGUUUUACAUGUAAUUACAACCUGUGCAACCUCUGCCCCCAAUUUACUGUUUCAAACUGUUGUGCAACAAAACCAACACUAUAACAACCCUGGCUACUGUUUUGCACUCACUAUUAUGAAGUUAGUUCUAUUCCCCCCCCCCCUCCCAUGGUUAUGUUUUUGUAGAAACUAGAAACUCUUCAUAUGACCCAAUUGCUGGUUUGAUAGAGCAGACCCUUGUAACAAAGCAACUUUUUAACAGAAUGUGAUCUCUAUUUUUCUACAGUAUUAAGCAAUUUGCUAACCGUUGGCGAGCAAGUUAAGAUGGGUGUGUAACCCCCCCCCCCUUCUUAAGCUGACAGGCUGUUCAGAGGAGCUAGCCAAGAAGCGUUUACUUUUUAUAUCUAGUGCACAUUCCACAUCAUCCUGUUCACAGCUGCAACUCUCUCUGUUGUAAAAAAAGAGGUAUGUGUGUAUGUAUAUAUUAUAUAGGAUAUAUAUAUAUCCCAUAAAUCAAAUAUGUAUGUUUUUAGAAAGGCCAAAGUUUUUAUUUUCUUAUUGGUUAGAUCACUGCUUCUAAGGACCCAACAGUGGCACCAAUAUUGCAGACUUGAAGUGCACAUUUAUUAAUGGAAUGAGUCAGUCUGUUGUGUCUUCCUUAGUUGUUGGGAGGGUCCUGUCUCAUCCUUUAACUUCAGGAUAUGGAGGGUGCUGCUUGACACCUGUCUUCAAGUUGCCCGUGGCACAUAGGAAGCCACACAAGAAGAUGAAACUUUACCCAUUUGGGCUUUGGCUGGUAUUGAGGUGCUGCAAAGGUGUUAAGGGGAGCACCAGCCUGUGUGUCCAGGGUCAAGUCCAUGCUGGGGUCUGGGGUCAAGACCAGAUCUUAUAAGCAACUCAUAGCACUGGGCUGUUACACUAUAUGCAUCUGGAUUUUUAUAUUUCCCACUCAUUUUUUAAAAAUUAUAGUUCUUGUGACCACACAUAGACCUAUUGUUGCCAAUCUUUGAAAGCAUUCCCUUCUCAAAAUAUUCCAAGUGUAUUUUAAAAGGACCUUGUACAUUCCCCUGGGAUUACAGCUGAUUUAACCUGUACAACAUUUAUUUAUAUAUAGAUAUACUUUAUCUGUUUUUGUUUGCUAACACACUUCUCAGUUUGUUUUUUCUUUCUGUUUGUAUUGGGCGUUUUAUAUGCUUUUGCCCCUCCCCACCUCCUAAAGCCAUGUUAUCUGUUAAGCAUUUCAAAUUCCUAGUAUCUUAUUUUUGGGAGAACGGUCCUAUUUGACCAAAUAUACAAAUGACCCACCUCUUGUGCUUUGGCAACCACAAUUGCUUAUCUGUAACGCCUGAUUCUAUUACAUAGAAUCUUUAUUAAAUAUUUAAAGUUUGUUAUACAUCUAAACAAGAUGGUUGUACGGUUUCCUUUACUGGAACAUGUGGAUUUUCUUUCUUCUAUAGUUGUGGGUGGACUGCAGCUCUUCACCCUUUGGGUCCUUUAAAAACUUCGAUAUAAUAGUUCCUUAGCAAAAGAGAACAAUCUGUUCAGCAGCAGCAAGCUAGUGGUUCCUGAAACAAAUGAAUAAAUAUUGUCAGGUAGCCGAUUUAAUUUACAAAAUAUCAUAUUCUUUAGAAGCUGCUCUGCUAUGUAAAAUAAUUGUGCAAGAAUGGUUAGCAAAAUAAGUAAUAAAAGCUCAGCAACAAAAUCUUUUUUUAAAAAAAAAAAGCAAUAGAAUUUUCCACAUAUCUAUUCAGAAAUAAAUCAAUGGGACUUAUUCGCAGGUAAGUGCACAUAGGAGUCCAGCCUCUGUAAAAAAGCAACUGCAGUGGACAGUAUAAACUGUUAUAGAACAGAACAGUAAAAUGAGGCACAGGAAGACAGGGAACCUGUCAGGUCUUGUCAGGAAGAACAGUCCACAACUGUGACACUAAUACUGGAGCGUCCCCCAGCUGUAUUUCCCAUGGUGGUGGAACAGAGCUUCUAAAGCCGGUUAUAUGCCUCAGGUGGGUUCAUAUGGGUGAAAGCGGUCCUUAAGGAAAAUUAAGGUCAUUCAAAAGUGCAUAUAUCAUGACUUGAAACGUGAUGCAGCCCAAAUCUGGGGAAACCAUCUUCCAGGUCUGAAAUCCCAUGCUAGUCAUGUGACCUGCAUGAGAUUGCGGUUUUGAAGAAAGCACUUUUUCAGGCAUGGUGCGAUAUUGCAGACCCAAAUUAAACACUCUUUCAAGGCAAAAACUCAGCUUGAUAUUGUGUGAAAGCAAGGUACCCCAAAUGGUUGCCGUGCUCUCACAAAAAAAGAAGAAGAAGAAGAGAUGUCCCAUUUUUCCCCCAGUGCAGUUGGGUAUGAUAUUGUAAUGCUGCUGGUUGCUUCCUCAUGAGUAAGAAGCUCCAAAUUCCGUGGCUGGCUUUUACAGAGUUUUAUUAUAUACAUAUGUACAAGACAGAGCAACAGAAUCCAUGACUGUUCUAUUCCGAAUCAGAAUCCAGAAGCACCACCCUUCAGGACUUUUGCCAACAGAAUGCCCUUGGCACCUUGAAUCUCCUCCUCUGCUCCCUACUCUCCCCCCCCCCCUUUGCUGUUGGGGGUAUGUUGGGGUGAGCGCCCUCUCCUCAGCCGGUACUGUCUCCCCUGGAGCCUCCCCCUCUUGAGCACUGUGGUCCGACCCCUCCAGCCUUCCCUCUGGAAACCUAGCACUCUCAGCAUCCCCAAGGGUCUGCACUGCUGUCUGAGCCUCAGCACCACCCUCCGAAGGAUGCUGCGAGACGCUAGCAUCCCGGGCUCCGUCUCCAUCGGAGAUUCCUGGUCCCAACUUCCUGGACUCUCCACUGACCCCUGUUGGUCCCCUGACAGAUAUAUAUUUAAUCAUUUUGGCAACAUAUACUAGCAAAUGUCAUCUACCAUAUUGAGGCAACUUACCAACAUUUGCUGGCAUAUCUCUGAAUUUUCAGACAUUCACAAAAUUUGGGCUUUAUGACAUUCACAAUAGCACACAUCAAAAGCUCCCCACCCCCUUUGAAUCCUGGAAACUAGUUUGCUAAACUUGCUGAGAAUUUUAACCCUUGGGGUAAACUACAGUUCCCAACAUUCUUAGGUGUGUGUAUUUUUAAUGUAUAGUGUUUGCAUAGCCAUAGAUUCAUGCGUGACAGCACAAACCAUAUGUCAGUAGGAGAGAGAAUGACAAGUUAAUGCCUGUUUAGUCCACAGAUAUUGGCUAAAUUUAUGGAGCAGUUGAGGAAAAGCAGAUACUUAUUGCUAAUUGCUGUUAUUCAUGCGAGUGGAACAAAUGCUGCAUACCACAAUUGUUCAUUUUCAGAUUGCCAGGAGAGUCCCGUCUCCCACCCAGUUUGAGCAAUGUGUUGGCAACGCAGCUUGGAGAAUUACAUGUGAGCACAUGGGCGAAGGGGGAAGGAGAUUAGGCAAAUUCCACACUCGUGUUGACCAACACAUGGCGGAGAUUAGAAAUAAAAAAUGAAAUCCUCCAGCCAAGGAAACCACAAUAACAUGCUGCUUAUGAAACAAACGAAGAAAUUUCCAUCCUAGACAGCAGAAAACUCUGCCUUUGUGCUGGAAGCCUGUUGGUGAGAAUAACCAGACCCAUCCCAGGAGCAACGGCUGAGCUCGGAGGAGACAAGAGCAUGGAAACACCAGCUAGCAUCUUGACAAGUCCCCAAGAUGAUAUAGUUCACCAAAGCAGGUGGUUUUUCUAGAGAGACCCUGUGACUGAUUUCUACUGCCAGAAAUAAAUCAAAAGGUUUUCAUUCCAGGCAGACCAACCCAGGGAGGUUUCAGAGCUAGAAGAGAAAGGAAGAAAGGCUAAGCAAUCACACAGGCCUAUGGAUAAUGCCAUAAAAUUGAUGCUUUGCAAGCCUCCUUUCAUGGUCAGGCAAUAUCUGAAAAGGACGAUCUUUGCUGGGGUAACGUUAGAAGUGGCAACAGCUCUGUUUCCCUUCCUUCCAAGCUGACACUUCAUCCCCGCCCCUUCUCAGUGAACUAGCUCCUUCCAAUGCCAGGAGUUAAAAGCAGCAAGUGGUGGUUGUUUGGUUCUCUGCUCUGGAGGGUGAGGAUAGCUUAGUGGCUCUGCAACUCAUGGCAGACUAGGUCCUGCACUAUGGAGGCUGGCUUGGCAGAUUUGAGGUUUGAGGUCCAACUGCAAUUCGUGCAAGCAGGAACGGCUAGGAGAGAAGUCUUAAAAACUCCUUCAGAAAAUAAGGCGUGGUGGGGAUAUUGUCAUGAAAGAUGCAUUUGAUUUGUUUCUUGAUUUACAAACCACUUUUCCUCCAAGGAGCUCAAGGUGGCAUCCACAGGUUUUCCCUUUCCCCACUUCAUUCUCACAACAACCCUAUGAGGUAGCUGCGGCUAAGAGACAGUGACUGCCCCAAGGUCACUCAUUAAGUUUCAUGGCCAUGUGGGGAUUUGAACCCUGGUCUCCCAGGUCCUAGUCCGACACUAUAACCAUUACACCACACUGACUGUCUAGCUGGGGAAACUGCAGGCUCAUGGCAAAGCCCAAGCCCAAGUCGAUGUGGCAAGUAGUGGCACAGUAACAAAUAGUCCCCAACUACAACCCACAAAAGGGGGCGAGAGAGAAGAGAUCCAUUUGUCAAGAGAAUAGAUUUUUUGGUCUCUGCUCUGAUAAAGCCAGACUCGUUCGCUGAAUUUGCUCGUGGCUUGUCUGUGAAAACAGGGUGACCCCCAAGCACAACAUUUGGUCGUGGAGACCUGCCUCCUAUUGACCAUGGAGAAAAUGCUGCUCUCACCUGCUGGAGACAGAAGACCUGCAGGUAGGGAUGCAGGAGAAACACAAUUCAGUUUGCAUGUAAAGGUGAACUGAUUUGCACUUCCCCAAAUAAUCUGUAAUCUGAAACACAGCCAUCCUUUACCAUUCACAGCUCUGAAUUUUGCGAUACUGUACAGUUCUCUAGCCAGGUAAUGUGUGCAAAAAAUGCAUUUACUAGAGUGCACCAGGCAACAAAAUGCAUAUAUUAGUGAACAUAACAUCGUUUCCUGCUUGGCAGGGGGUUGGACUAGAUGGCCCUUGUGGUCUCUUCCAACUCUAUGAUUCUAUUCUAUGAUAUCAGCCCAAAAUGCAUACAAAGAUUUGUACAUUAGGAUAAAUCCAUACCGAAAUGCUGAUGAAUUUUCACAAAGACUUUUUAAAAUAUUGCAAAAUCAUGUAGAAAUGUGGAGAACAGAACUUCAGGUUGUAAAAA